AUGGCUCACCGGGGCUGCAAGGUCUUCCCGCUCGUCAAAGAGGUAAGAGCUUAUGUAAAAGAGGGAGACGGAGACCAGGGCGCCGACUGUCAUGACGUCGCCGACGAGCACUGGAUCAACGGCACCGAUCCGUCGACGGGUAACACCCCAAUAGCGAACCCCAUGAGCGGCUACGCGCAGUACGCCGGCGCGCGCAAGUCCUGGGGCAUCAACGCUCUAGGCGGUCUGGUGGUGGAGGUCGAGGCCGACGACGGGACGAUGGGUGUAGGGGUUACGAUCGGCGGCGCCGCCGGCGCGCAGAUUGUAGAGAGACACCUGGCGCGCUUUGUGGAAGGAAGGGACCCGCGCGACGUCGAGUCGAUCUGGGACCAGAUGUUCCGGGCCACGCUCAACUACGGCCGCAAAGGCCUCGCCGUGCAGUGCCUGUCGGCCGUGGACCUCGCGCUCUGGGACUUGGUGGGAAAAUUGAGGAAAGAGCCCGUCUACGCGCUGCUGGGCGGCCGGACGAAGGCGACGCUGCCCGUCUACUGCACGACGGCGCGGCCGGACCUGGCCAAGCAGCUCGGAUUCGUGGGCGCGAAAAUUCCCUGUCCCUACGGGCCGUCCGCCGGCGAUGCGGGGUUUGCGAAGAACGUGGCGUUCUUCCGGCAGUGGCGCGAGAAGGUCGGCCCGGACUACCCGCUGGCGCUCGAUUGUUAUAUGGCCCUGACGAAGCCCUACGCCAUCAAACUGGGAAGGGCCCUCGAGCCCUACGGGCUGAAGUGGCUCGAGGAGUUCCUGCCGCCCGACGACUACGAAGGCUAUAAGGACGUCAAGGCGGCGCUGCCGGGCGUGCUGCUCUCGACGGCCGAGCACGAGUACACGCGCUACGGGUUUCGACGGCUUCUACGCGAUCGAAGCGUGGAUAUUUUGCAGCCGGACGUGACGUGGUGCGGCGGCCUCACGGAGGCGCGGCGCGUCGUCGCGAUGGCCGCGGCGGACGACGUCCUCGUCGUCCCGCACGGGUCUUCCGUCUACGCGUACCACCUCCAGUACGCUUUCCCGAACUGUCCGGUGGCCGAGUUCAUCAACCUGUCGCCGCGGGGUGAUGCGAUCGUGCCCUACUUCGGGGGGCUGUUCCCGGACGAGCCUCUUCCGGCGAACGGCCGCAUCGACCUUCCAGAUAGACCAGGCUUCGGGGUCACGCUGAACCGAACCGGUCUGCAGCGACCCUAUCAACGGACGCCUGCUGACGUCGCGGCGAAUUAUAGGGCGAAUCAGAACGCUGGCGCGGCGGCGGCGGUGGUGCACAUGCCGUUCUAGGACGGCGUUGUAAUAAAAGGGGAGUGUGUGUAUUCGUUUGCUAGUGUCUUACAGGCCGCUAGCCCCGGCGAGUGUCUUGUUUUUUUUUCCUCGCGUCGUCUCUCCGACCUACGCGCCGGCGCCGGCGCCGGUCGAGGAGCCGUGGCAGCCGGCGCAGCCCGCGCGCCGGCGUUCGCGGGCGGCGCGCGAACCCACCGAGCCAAAGCCCCCGACGGGGCGCCGCCGCGGCACCGUCAAGGUCGUCAAGCCGGGCUAUUGUUUCGUGGUGCCCGACGCCGGCGGGCCCGACGUCUUCUGCUCGACGCGGCUGAACGACACGAUCGCGGCCGGCGACCGCCUCGAGUACGACCUCGUGCCGAAUGAGGGCCGUAGCGCGCACAAGGCGGGAAACGUGACGAUCCUGCCGCGCGCGGCGGUCGGCGCGGCACCACGGCCGGCGCCCGUCCCCGCGCCGGCGCCCGCGGCGGUCAAGCCCGUCGCCGACAAGCCGGCCCCGCGGUGGUCGAGCGCCGAGGCGGCCCGCGACGCCGACGCCCUGGAGUUCUUCUACGAAGGGGACGCGUCGAAGCUCGAGCCGCGCUUCUCGGCCCCUGUGUGUGGAAAUCAAAUUUUGGGCGCUGCACGCCAUCGACGCGACAUGCUUUCAGUAGCUGCGUCUGCGCGAUGGCGUGGCGAUUCCACGCCAUCGACGCGGCGUUGUCCCCGUGGGCGCAUCGGCUCGAUGGCAUGGAGGCUCACGAAGGUCCAUGCAAUAUUUCUCAGAACCUAACUCACUGGUUGAUUUCCACACAGGUCGGCCCAGGACGGCUCGCCGCCAGAGUUUCUGUGCCCCCUCACGAUGGAAGCGAUGACCGACCCGGUCUUUGCGGCCGACGGCCACGUGUACGACCGGGCGUCGAUCGAGUCCUUCCUCGAGACGCACGACACGAGUCCCCUCACGAACGAGCCGCUGGCGACCAAGUCCCUGACUCCGAACGACGCGCUCCGGUCUCGCUUGCGCGAGCGCGCAACGCUCCUCUAG